AAUAUGACAGAAUUAAAUAGAGGUUAUGGUUUGAUUUUAAAUAUCAAUCCAAAAUAUUGAUUUCUUUUACUCAUUUUCACAUUUUUGAAGUUGAAAAUCAUUUGGUAAUUAAAUUUUGAGAUAAAUAAUUGAAAAAUGUCUAUUGAAAUAGAAUCGGCAGAUGUUAUCCGUUUAAUUCAACAAUAUCUGAAGGAAUCAAAUCUGUAUAGAACUCUCCAUACUCUACAGGAAGAAACUGGAGUCACUCUCAACACAGUUGAUAGUGUUGAUGGUUUUUGUGCAGACAUCAAUAAUGGACAUUGGGACACAGUAUUGAAAGCCAUACAGUCAUUAAAGUUACCAGAUAAAAAACUUAUUGAUUUAUAUGAACAAAUUGUUUUGGAAUUGAUUGAAUUACGUGAACUUGGUGCUGCAAGAUCCUUGUUGAGACAGACUGAUCCCAUGAUUAUGUUGAAACAAAAUGAGCCUGAAAGGUACAUUCAUUUGGAAAAUUUACUUGCAAGGUCAUAUUUUGAUCCACGUGAAGCUUAUGCUGAUGGCAGUAGUAAAGAAAAACGUAGGGCAGCUAUAGCUCACGCACUUUCAGGAGAAGUUUCAGUAGUUCCAUCUUCUAGGCUCUUGGCUUUAUUGGGACAAGCAUUGAAGUGGCAACAACACCAAGGUUUAUUGCCUCCAGGAACUACAAUAGAUUUAUUUAGAGGAAAAGCUGCUAUUAGAGAUCAAGAAGAUGAACAGUUUCCUACUCAGAUGGCAAAACAGAUCAAGUUUGGUCAGAAAUCACAUGUGGAAUGUGCUAGGUUUUCUCCAGAUGGACAGUAUCUUAUAACUGGUAGUGUAGAUGGUAUUUUGGAAGUUUGGAAUUUCACAACUGGUAAAAUUAGGAAGGAUUUGAAAUAUCAAGCACAAGAUAACUAUAUGGUAAUGGAACAUGCAGUACUUUGCUUAGCUUUUUCAAGAGAUAGCGAGAUGUUAGUAUCUGGUUCACAAACAGGAGGAAUAAAAGUAUGGAGAAUAAGUUCAGGACAGUGCUUGAGAAAAAUUGAGAAAGCUCAUGGAAAAGGUAUCACAUGUCUUCAAUUUUCAAGAGACAAUACUCAAGUAUUGAGUGCGUCAUUUGAUCAUUCUAUCAGAUUGCAUGGUUUAAAAUCAGGAAAAACCUUGAAGGAGUUUAGAGGGCAUACCUCUUUUGUAAAUGAGGUAAUAUUCACUCAAGAUGGACACAGCGUAUUGAGUGCUUCUUCAGAUGGAUCUGUGAAAGUGUGGAAUUUGAAAACAACAGAAUGUAUAAGUACAUUCAAAUCAUUUGGAGCAGGAGAUACAACUGUUAAUAACAUUCAUAACUUUGCAAAAAAUCCAGAACAUUUUGUUGUUUGUAAUAGAAGUAACACUGCAGUGAUUAUGAAUCUUCAGGGACAAAUUGUGAGAUCAUUUGCUAGUGGUAAAAGAGAAGGUGGUGACUUUGUUUGUUCAACUGUAUCUCCAAGAGGUGAUUGGAUUUAUUGUGUUGGAGAAGAUAUGGUAUUAUAUUGUUUUUCAACAAAUUCUGGAAAACUUGAGAGAACAUUAAAUAUUCAUGAAAAAGAUGUCAUAGGAAUUGCUCAUCAUCCACAUCAAAACUUGAUAUGUUCUUAUAGUGAAGAUGGGCUUGUUCGUUUGUGGAAACCAUAAAAUUUUGUUGAUUCAAACAAGACCAUUUAUUUCAAUCCAUCUUGUGAGUCAAAUGCAUUUAUUUAUGACUAUUUUGUUGAAUCCUCCGUCUUGUUUUCUGUUAUUCAGAAAUCGAGUUAUGAAAAUUUAAUAUCGAAAUUGUAUAAUUUUGGUUAAUGUUAAUUUAAUUUCCAAUCAUUUAAUUACAGCCCCAUGUUCUGUAAAAAUUGUGAAUAUAUACGAUAAUAAAAUAUUAAACAUCGCAAAAUCUUUUGAACAUGUUAGGUUUAGUUUUCAAGAAACAAAAAAUUAAAGUUAAUAAGAUUAAUUAAUUACUUCAUUUUAUUUAUAUUACAGAAAAAAGCAUGACAUUAAAAAUUUUUGUUCCACCAUUUUUCAAUAGUUAGCUGAAAAUGCCAGUACGGAACUUGAAAACACUACACAACUCAAUUGUUUCAAAUCAAUAUCUUUUAUAGAAAUACAGAAUACAGUUUUGAAAAACAACAAAUUAUAAACUUGGAGAUAAUUCAAUUUAUAAUGCAAUAAUUUUUGAAUACCCAACUGAGAAUAAUCGACAAUGAUUUUAUAUCUCAAUUUUGUUUCAUGAGCAAUUCUUCUGUGAAAAAUCAUUCUUUUCCACAUUGAAUUAGAAUUUCAACUAAGUCUUUUGUUUAAAUAAAAAAUGGUCAAGUUAUCAUUCUGAUAUACAGGCUUACUAGGAUGAAGCAUUUUUAGGUGAUAAUGCUAAAGAUGUAUGAAUACUUGAAAGAUUGAUCCAAUUGCCUUUUUUAUUCUAUUUUUAUCGUCACUUCAACUCGAUGAAUAAUCUCUACAUCCUGUGACUUAUCAGAGAUAUUUAUGAAUUUUAUUUCACUCAUAAAUUAAUAUUUUCACUUUUACUGAAUUUCCAACAGUUACCUUGUGAAUUACUGGAGUGCUUAUAAAUAAAUAUGAUUUAUUUUAAUUAUUGAAGUUGUUCAUUGCGAUCACAGUCAAUCCAUCUCUAGAUAUCUUGUUCAGAGCUAUAGUUUUAUAUAUUAUUUUUCAUAUCAUAAAGUUCUUCUCUGCGCAUUCAUAUCAUCAUUGAGUGUUCUCAUUAGUCGCCUAUUUAAUGGAUUCAGUCCUUACUUGAUGGAUAUUUAUCAUCAAAUAAAGUGAAACAAAUUAAUUUCCAAAAAUAUUUUGAUGUUUACAACAAUUGUUUUGUCAACACUGUGGCUUCUUCAAGUUAAUUUCAACAUAUUAGUCAAAGAAGGCUUAAAAAUUGUUAUAAAAAUUAAUACAUUUGUGGAAAUUACUUUGUUUUAUUUUAUUAUAAGCUAUUUUUAGAAUCCACAAUAAUAUCAUACAAUCCAUAUAGAGUUUUGUUUGGCAAGCUGCAUUUAGUUUCUUACUGAACGACUUGUAACUUACUUAUUUAUAUAUUUUGAAGAUAUAUGAUUUAAUCAUGGAAGCCUCUA